CAGUGCCGCACGGAGAGAGGCGGUGGCGCUGGAGGCCAACACCCCGGCUCGCGACCUGUAGCUGACGGUGCUGGAGCCGCGAGUCACCGUGUUGGCUGGCCAUGGGAACUUGGAAAAGGCCGGUGAGGUGCGUCUCCAGCUGCGCUGUCAGACGAUCCAGUGGAACGAGCAGCAGCCCAUGUACCCGUCCCGGCUGUGCCGGUUUGUCUCCCAGCUUGAGCGGCGCCGGCCGACCGCUGCGCUGCUCUACAACUGCCACGUCCACACACGAUGCACGCCUCGGUCUACUGGAAGGCGCUGCUGGCGCCGGCCCUGUGGGCCGGCUCCCAGCACCCGCUCACAGAGCAGGUGUGCCACGCCGACUGGCUGCACUGCGCCGACGACCGGGGGACCGCCGGCGCUGAGCCGGCCGGCUCGCAGCUGGACCUGCCACUAGAGACGGACCUGUGCGACCUGGACGUGCGGCUGUGUCAGACCGGCUGGUGCUGGGCCGGCGCCGCCCGGUGCGCUGUCAGCUGGACGGCCGGCCCGUGCUGGCCGCGCCCCAGGAGGCCGACGCGCCGGCUCCCGGCGGCGGCGCUGCCGACAGCUGCCGCCGCCGCGGACAGCUGCCCGCUGCUGGUGGUCGUCUCCGAGCCGGCCCUGCUCUGCUGGCAGCCGGCACUGCUGCUCUGGCUGUCCCUGGCCACUCAGCUGGCCAGCAGCUGA